CUCAGCCCUGCCUCCUGCCCACCCGGUCCUGCAUUCUUCUCAUUUCAGUUUUUUUGGCUCUGUGAACCCUGGGGCUGGCAGAGUGCAUGUGCGUCCUUGCUUGUGAUGUCAGGACGGGGGCGGGGACCGGGUCAGCGACCAACUUCGCGCCUGCGCUGACAAGGUCAAACCUGAGCCGAAUGCGCGUGCGUUCCCCUUCUGCCCUGCCCUCUUUGCGGCGCUGUCGCAAAGCUACUGCACGGUUCUGGCACAGACUAAUUCGUCCGCUCGUGGCCCCACCCACUGAGCAGCUGAGACCGCAGGGAAUGUGCUGUGACCCCCAGGGGUCGGAGGAAGUCCGGUCCUGCAGGCGCAAUGACUUCUCCCAGCCACCAGAGCCUCGGCCUAGGCCCUGUGGCCAUACUCUGUGUGCUCCAAGACCUGCAGCUCCUCACUGCCUUGCUGCUACCGCCCCCGUCCCGCCCCAACUUCCUCAUCAUCAUGGCGGACGACCUUGGCUUUGGGGACCUCGGCUGCUAUGGCAACACCACACUCAGGACGCCCAACAUCGACCGCCUGGCGGAGGAUGGUGUCCGCCUCACUCAGCACCUAGCCGCUGCCUCCAUGUGCACACCCAGCCGUGCAGCUUUCCUUACAGGGAGAUACCCUGUGCGCUCAGGCAUGGCGUCCACAUGGGGGCCCCGUGUGCUGCAGUGGGCAGCGGGUGCUGCUGGGCUUCCCCCUGAGGAGGUCACCUUUGCCCGGGUCCUGCAGGAGCGUGGAUACACCACAGGGCUUGUGGGGAAGUGGCACCUGGGUCUGAGCUGCAGCUCAAGGUCUGACCUGUGCCACCACCCACUGCGCCACGGCUUUGCGCACUUCCUGGGACUGCCGCUCGGCAUGAUGGGAGACUGCGCCAGAGCGGAGCCAUCUGAGAAGCGCACUCGGCUGGAGCAGGGCCUGCGCUGGGUCGGGCGGGGCCUGGCGGCCAUGGCAGCCAUCAUGGCCUCCAUCACCCUGGCUGGUCGGAGUUGGGCCUUGUGGGCGGUGCUGGCUCUGGGCGCGACCUCGGCCACCCUGGAGGUGGGGUCGCGUGUGGUGGGCGGGGCCGUGGCGCGCCUGGACUGCUUCCUGAUGCGCGGCGCCAAUGUCACCCAGCAACCCCUGAGCCUCAGUCGCCUCACCCCGCUGCUGCUCCGGGAGGCAGAGGACUUCCUGCAACGGCACGCCCACGCCCCCUUCCUGCUGUUCGUGUCCCUGCCACAUGUGCAUACACCGCUUGUGACAUCGCCCGCCUUCCAGGGCCGCAGCGCCCACAGGCGCUAUGGCGACAAUGUGGAGGAGAUGGACUGGGUGGUAGGGCGUCUCCUGUCCGCACUGGACCGCGGGGGUGUGGCUGACCGCACGCUCGUCUACUUCACUUCUGACAAUGGCGGCUGGCUAGAAGCUCGCGCAGGUGGAGAGCAGCUUGGCGGCUGGAAUGGUGGCUUCCGGGGUGGGAAGGGCGCAGGCGGCUGGGAAGGCGGGGUCCGCGUGCCUGGCAUCUUCCGGUUCCCGGGCAUUCUGCCGCGGGGGCGUGUCCUCGCCGAGCCCACGAGCCUCAUGGACAUUUUCCCCACCGUGGUGCGCCUGGGGGGCGGGGCGUUGCCUGAGGACCGGGUGAUCGAUGGCCGUGACCUCCUGCCCCUGCUGCGUGGUGAGACCCCACGCUCUGCCCACAACUUCCUGUUCCACUACUGCGGGGAUGUCCUGCAUGCCGCCCGUUGGGCACAUCGUGAGAGAGGGAAGCUGUGGAAGGUGCACUUCGUGACCCCGGUCGAGGACCCGCCAGGCUCAGGGUCUUGUGCAGGGUCGCCUGAGUCUCAGGACGCCAUGGUGUGCGCGUGCGCGGGAGGUGGGGUCACAGCACAUGAUCCCCCACUGCUCUUCGAGCUGACCUCUGACCCAGGAGAGGCGAGGCCACUGACGCUGCACAAGGAGCCGGCCUUCAAUACCAUAUUGCAGGCACUGAGGCAAGGGAUUGCCCGCCACCUUGAGACACUGGGGCCUAGGCCAAGGGAAGUGGGCGGGGCCCUCGACCUGUGGCGCCCAUGGCUGCAGCCUUGCUGCGGAAAUGCAUGCGCCUGCGACCUGGAGGGCGGGGCAAGGGAAGGCAGGAAUGAUGGGGAUGAGGACCUGGAACCCUGGGGGCGGGGCUUUCUGUGAGACCAGAAGCCGAAGUGAACUCAGCCUGUUCUCCAGUGUUGUUCCUACCUGCUUGCUGCAUGCUUCCUGCUAUGAUGGGAGUGGAGUGAACGUCUGAACCUUCACGCCAGGCCAGAGGAAGUGUUUGCCGUUGUAGGAGUUGCCUUGCUCAUAGCAUCACAGUGCCUGGAAAUCCCAUCUGAAAUAGAUGACAGUUCCCCAGAUUUAAUUAUCGCUACUAUAAGCCUGGCCGUGUUUCUCUUUGGAGCAAUGUGGAUUUUUAAACUUUGGACUUGUACAUGCAUUAAUUGGAAAUUAAUUGGCCACCUUCAGAGGAUUACAGAUCACAUAGGGACUGAGAGGUGAUUUGUAUAUGUGUUUUAUGAUGUUUGCUUAAGAAUGUUGUUGCUGUUUGUCCUGGCCUGAAGAGUGACCUUGAAGCUUAGAUAAAGAGAUUUAUAUUACGUGCAGUGGCAAAAGAAGUUUCUGAAAUGCCCCAUAUAGAUUUUACCCUGUGUUUAUGAUUAUUGUUUUGAUCAAGCAAAUAAUCUUAAGGAGAUAGGUAAAAUGUAAUAUUCAAAGAAAAAAGAGUCACCAGGAAGUUGAAUGAAGCUUAAUCAUGUGACCAAGUUAUUAAACAGUAUUAUAUUAAAGGAAUGGUGACUUAAUGGAUUUGCAGUGGAAAAAAUGUGAACUUUAUCACGUUAGGCGUUAUUAUCACCUGGUUAUAAUAUAGAAAUAUAAGUAUAUGUCAAAUUAACAAGACAUGGAUUGUGAUUAUAUUUCUGCAUUUCAGUUUGUGAUCUAAAAGGAAGUGCUUAGGUUCAAGAAAAUUGGUACAUGCCUUAUAUCCCAGGAGAGUCAAGCAGGUUUCCAGUCUAAGUACUCCAGGUAGAGAACAAGUUUUAGGUAAAUGUACAGAGCCAUAUUGGGGCAGUCUUGCACUUGGUCAGAGUUUGACUUUGGUCAAGGUUAACUUCUCCCAGUUAGCCAGGAUCCUGCUCCACCUAGGGUGGAGCGCACGUAGUAAAGGUUAAGUUCAUUGUUCCUCCAGGUAUAGGGAUUCCUGAAUUAAACAGGUGACCCACCCAGCUGCCGGAGCAGUCAAGACGAAGACCUCCAAGAGAAGCUAGACAACUUCCACCGGAACUCAGCCUGGAGUCUGGGGGGAGGGUUUGCCCGAACUGUUAAAAGGUCCGGCGCCAUUAAAGUUUACGGCUUUGAUCAGUGAACAUUGA